AGCCGCGCGGGCCACUCCGCCGCCUCCCAUGUCCACCGCCGCCGCCGCCGCCGCCGCCGCCGCCGUGCAGCCCGUGCUCCCCUCCUCCUCCGCCUCAACCGGAGGCCAGCAGCAUGGUGUACUCACGGCUGACCGCGUGGCGGGGCUGCUCACCGGCUGCGCGACCCUCCGCCGAACCGGCGAGCUCCACGCCGCGGCGGUCCGCGCCGGCGUCGACGGCGACCGGGCGGUGGGCUUCCGCCUCCAGCGCGCCUACGCCGCAUCCGACCGCCUCGACCUCACCGUCACGCUCCUCCGCCUCACGCCCGACCCCACCACCGUGUUCUACACCUCCGCCAUCCACGCCCACUCCUCCCGCGGCCUCCACCUCGCCGCGCUCGCGCUGCUCUCCGAGAUGCUGGGUAGGGGGCUCAUCCCCACCUCGCACACCCUCUCCUCCUCCCUCCCCGCCUGCCACGGCCUCGCCCUUGGCCGCGCCCUUCACGCCUACGCCUUCAAGCUGGCGCUCGCCGGCGACUCCUACGUCGCCACCGCGCUGCUCGGCAUGUACGCGCGCGGGGGCGACGCCGACGCCGCGCGCGCGCUGUUCGACGAAAUGCCCGAUCCGCACGUCGUGCCAGUCACGGCGAUGCUCACCUGCUACGCCAAGAUGGGGGCACUCGACGACGCGCGCGAGCUGUUCGACGGGAUGCCCAGCAAGGACUUCAUCUGCUGGAACGCCAUGAUCGAUGGCUACACGCAGCACGGGAGGCCGAACGAGGCGCUCCGGUUGUUCCGGUGGAUGCUGCGGUCAGGUGUCGAUCCCGAUGAGGUGGCCAUCAUUCUUGCGCUCUCUGCAGUCGCGCAGCUCGGCACAGCAGAGUCCGGGAGGUGGCUUCAUUCCUAUGUCAAGAACAGCCGGCGAGUUCAGCUCAAUGCCAGGGUUGGCACGGCGCUCAUUGACAUGUACUGCAAGUGUGGCAGCCUGGAGGACGCCGUGUCAGUGUUCAACAGCAUCGGCGACAAAGACAUCGUCGUCUGGAACGCCAUGAUCAACGGCUACGCGAUGCACGGAGAUAGCAGGAAGGCACUGGAGAUGUUUUCGCAGCUGCGGUCACAAGGCCUCUGGCCAACUGACAUCACCUUCAUCGGCUUGCUCAAUGCCUGCAGCCAUUCUGGGCUUGUCGACGAAGGCCACCAAUUCUUCCAAUCAAUGGAGGAGGAGUACGCCAUUGUCCCCAAGAUCGAGCACUACGGUUGCAUGGUCGAUCUCCUCGGUCGUGCCGGGCUCAUAGAAGAAGCAUUCCACCUUGUCCAGAGCAUGACGAUCGCCCCUGACACCGUCAUGUGGGUGUCACUGCUCGCCGCGUGCCGGCUUCACAAGAACAUGGCGUUAGGCCAGCAGAUCGCCGACUAUCUCGUCGCCGGUGGACUUGCCAACUCCGGUAUGUACAUCCUCCUGUCGAACAUCUACGCGGCUGUUGGUAACUGGGAAGAAGUUGCAAGAGUAAGGUCCAUGAUGAAGGCCAGUGGCAUCCAGAAGGAGCCCGGGUGCAGCGCCAUCGAGGUCGGCCGCAAGGUCUACGAGUUCGUCGCCGGCGACAUGAGCCAUCCUCGCACAGAUGAGAUAUACGCCAUGCUGGAGAAGAUGAACGGGAUUGUGAAAGAGCAGGGACAUGUUCCACAGACCGAGCUGGUGCUACAUGAUCUGGAUGAGGUGACCAAGGAGAAGGCAUUGGCAGUUCACAGCGAGAAGCUCGCCGUUGCGUUUGGGCUCAUAAGCACGGCGCCCGGGGAGACGAUCAAGAUCGUCAAGAACCUGAGGGCGUGCGCCGAUUGCCAUGCCGUGCUGAAGCUGAUAUCGAAGAUCACUGGGAGGAAGAUCGUGUUCAGGGACAGGAACAGGUUUCACCAUUUCGUUGAUGGGUCAUGCACUUGUGGAGAUUACUGGUGAUGCCGCCAUGGCGUCUCACAGCUCAUAGGAUUGAUUUGGUUUUAGCAUUGCUACUAGAUUUUGGUAGAAUAGAAUGAAGUGUUGAUGUUUGGCUUUGCUAAAAAUCGAGUUAGUAUAGGUUACAUUUUACAGUCUGCUUCCGGCUUUCCUGAUCAUGUUUGCAGCCAUGUUGGGAAAUCGGAGGCAGGCAUCUUAUUAUAGAAAACAAAAUCAAGUUGUACCAUUCAAAGUGUAAUUCUAAGCAUCAUUCUACAAUUUCAUGCGCCAAGGAGCCAACAAAC